AUGGCCAACGACAUCGUCUAUGAGGGUGACAUGCCGCGCCAAGCGAAGAAGCGCAGUGGCGAACUUCCGUUCGGCCAUGCCAGCUAUCAUGCAGGCUACUCGACCGUCAAAGACCCUCGCACCGGACCAAAUAUAGGGCCACAGAAUCUAGACAUUGACACGGUGCCCGACAGAUACGAGCUCUACCUGCUAGGCGAAGGCGAGAAGAAGGUAACAUUCGAGCAAGAGACGCGCGUCCCCCACGCCGCCCUCUUCACCUUCAACAAAGAAGACCACACCCUCGGCAACCUCCUCCGCGACAAGCUCUCCCGCUCCGAACACGUCCUCUUCGCCGCGUACCAAGUGCCCCACCCCCUCUUCGCCGUCUUCAAACUGCGCGUGCAGACCGACGGGGAGAUCGCGCCCAAAGAUGCCGUGAUUCAGGCUUGUAAUGAGUUGGUGCAGGAGCUGCAGAGUUUGGACCAGGAGUUCACGAAGGAGUGGGAGUUGAAGAAGAUUGCUGAUACUGCCAAUGCUUGA